GGCAGCCCCAUGGAUCCUAUGGUGAUGAAGAGGCCUCAGUUGUACGGAAUGGGCAGUAACCCUCAUUCCCAGCCUCAGCAGAGCAGCCCAUACCCGGGAGGCUCCUACGGACCCCCAGGGCCGCAGCGCUAUCCCGUCAGCGUCCAGGGCCGGACCCCAGGGGCCAUGGGAGGAAUGCAGUACCCCCAGCAGCAGAUGCCGCCUCAGUACGGACAGCAAGGCGUGAGCGGUUACUGCCAGCAGGGCCAGCAGCCUUACUACAACCAGCAGCCGCAGCCCCCGCACCUGGGCGCGCAGGCGCAGUACCUGCCGCAGCAGCGGUACCAGCAGCAGGACAUGUCUCAGGAAGGCUAUGGGACUAGAUCACAACCUCCUUUGGCUCCUGGAAAACCUAACCACGAAGACUUGAACUUAAUACAACAAGAAAGACCAUCAAGUUUACCAGUUGAAGUCUUGACCUCGGAGGAUACCGCCUUUGGACUCAAGGACCUGUCUGGCUCCAUUGAUGACCUGCCCACGGGAACGGAAGCAACUCUGAGCUCAGCAGUCAGUGCGUCUGGGUCCACGAGCAGCCAGGGCGACCAGAGCAACCCUGCGCAGUCGCCUUUCUCCCCGCACGCGUCCCCGCAUCUCUCCAGCAUCCCUGGGGGCCCGUCGCCUUCUCCCGUCGGCUCUCCCGUGGGAAGCAGCCAGUCCCGGUCCGGCCCAAUUUCUCCUGCAAGUAUUCCAGGCAGUCAGAUGCCUCCUCAGCCACCCGGGAGCCAGGCAGAGUCCAGUUCCCAUCCUGCCUUGAGCCGGUCACCAAUGCCACAGGAAAGAGGUUUUAUGGCAGGCACACAAAGAAACCCUCAGAUGUCUCAGUAUGGACCUCAACAGACAGGACCGUCCAUGUCGCCUCAUCCUUCUCCUGGAGGCCAGAUGCACCCUGGAAUCGGUAGCUUUCAGCAGAGUAACUCCAGUGGGACCUACGGUCCACAGAUGAGCCAGUACGGGCCACAAGGUAACUACUCCAGACCCGCAACGUAUAGUGGGGUGCCCAGUGCGAGCUACAGCGGCCCAGGGCCCGGCAUGGGCAUCAAUGCCAACAACCAGAUGCACGGACAAGGGCCAAGCCAGCCGUGCGGUGCUAUGCCCCUGGGACGGAUGCCAUCAGCGGGGAUGCAGAACAGGCCGUUUCCCGGAAACAUGAGCAGCAUGACCCCUGGCUCUCCCGGCAUGCCCCAGCAGGGAGGGCCAGGGAUGGGCCCGCCGAUGCCGACCGUGAACCGUAAGGCACAGGAGGCAGCUGCCGCAGUGAUGCAGGCCGCUGCCAACUCGGCGCAGAGCAGGCCACCAUACAUUAGGUCGCCUGCUUAUCCCAGCCAGUCUGGGGCUGGCGGACGCCCCAUGUUUUCUUCCCAGCACCCCAACUAUGGCAACUCUCAGGCUCCCAUGAUGCACCAGCCUGACCAGUACGGGCAAGGCAGCUUCCCGGGCAUGAACCAGACUGGACUCAUGGCCUCCGGCUCUCCCUACAGCCAGCCCGUCAACAACAGCGCUGGGCUCGUGAACACCCAGGCACCGCCCUACAGCAUGGCGCCCAACAUGGUGAACAGCUCAGCAGCAUCUAUGGGUCUUGCAGAUAUGAUGUCUCCUGGUGAAUCCAAAUUGCCCCUGCCUCUCAAAGCAGACGGUAAAGAAGAAGGCACUCCACAGCCCGAGAGCAAGUCGAAGGAUAGCUACAGCUCUCAGGGUAUCUCUCAGCCCCCCACCCCCGGCACCCUGCCAGUGCCUUCCCCAAUGUCCCCCAGCUCCGCUAGCAUCUCCUCCUUUCAUGGGGAUGAGAGUGAUAGCAUUAGCAGCCCAGGCUGGCCAAAGACUCCAUCAAGCCCUAAGUCCAGCUCAUCCACCACCACUGGGGAAAAGAUCACAAAGGUGUAUGAGUUGGGGAACGAGCCGGAGAGAAAGCUGUGGGUCGACCGAUACCUUACGUUCAUGGAAGAGAGAGGCUCCCCGGUCUCGAGUCUGCCCGCAGUGGGCAAGAAGCCCUUGGACCUGUUCCGGCUCUACGUCUGCGUCAAAGAGAUCGGCGGUUUGGCACAGGUUAAUAAAAACAAGAAGUGGCGUGAGCUGGCAACCAACCUAAAUGUCGGCACUUCAAGCAGUGCCGCGAGCUCCCUGAAAAAGCAGUAUAUCCAGUACCUGUUUGCCUUUGAGUGCAAGAUCGAGCGCGGGGAGGAGCCCCCGCCGGAAGUCUUCAGCACCGCGGACACCAAGAAGCAGCCGAAGCUCCAGCCGCCCUCUCCUGCGAACUCGGGAUCCCUGCAGGGUCCACAGACGCCCCAGUCAACCGGCAGCAAUUCGAUGGCAGAGCUCCCAGGCGACCUGAAGCCGCCCACCCCCGCGCCCACCCCUCACGGACAGAUGACCCCCAUGCAAGGCGGAAGAGGCAGCACCGUCAGCGUGCACGACCCCUUCUCAGACGCCAGUGACGCCUCGUUCCCGAAACGGAACUCCAUGCCCCCGAGCGCCCCAUACCAGCCGAGCAUGAGCGUGCCUGACGUGAUGGGAAGGAUGCCCUACGAGCCCAACAAGGACCCCUUCGGUGGGAUGAGGAAAGUGCCUGGGAGCAAUGAGCCCUUUAUGACUCAAGGACAGAUGCCCACGAGCAGCGUGCAGGACGUGUACAACCAGAGUCCCUCCGGAGCGCUGUCUGGUCUGGGCAUGGGGCGGCAGCAGUUUCCCUACGGAGCCAGCUACGAUCGAAGGCACGAACCUUACGGGCAGCAGUACCCAGGCCAAGGCCCUCCCUCAGGACAGCCGCCGUAUGGAGGACACCAGCCCGGCCUGUACCCACAGCAGCCGAAUUACAAACGCCAUAUGGACGGCAUGUAUGGGCCUCCAGCCAAACGCCACGAGGGAGACAUGUACAACAUGCAGUUCGGCAACCAGCAGCAGGAGAUGUACGGCCAGUACGGGGCCUCCUACUCCGGACCGGACAGGAGGCCCGUGCAGGGGCAGUAUCCGUACCCCUACAACAGAGAGAGGGUGCAGGGCCCCGGCCAGAUGCAGCCGCACGGGAUCCCGCCCCCCAUGAUGGGCGGCCCGAUGCAGUCGUCCUCCAGCGAGGGGCCUCAGCAGAGCAUGUGGGCGACGCGCAACGAUAUGCCUUACCCCUACCAGAGCCGGCAGGGCCCCGGCGGCCCGGCCCAGGCGCCUCCGUACCCAGGCCUGAACCGCACGGAUGAUCUGAUGGUACCUGAGCAAAGGAUCAAUCACGAGAGCCAGUGGCCUUCUCACGUCAGCCCACGGCAGCCUUACAUGUCCUCCCCCGCCUCCAUGCAGCCCAUCACGCGCCCACCUCAGUCGUCCUACCAGACGCCGCCGUCACUGCCAAACCACAUCUCCAGAGCCCCCAGCCCCGCGUCCUUCCAGCGCUCCCUGGAGAGCCGCAUGUCUCCCAGCAAGUCGCCCUUCCUGCCCUCUCUCAAGAUGCAGAAGGUCCUGCCCACCGUGCCCACGGCCCAGGUCACGGGGCCGCCCCCCCAGCCGCCCCCGAUCCGAAGGGAGAUCACCUUCCCCCCUGGCUCAGUCGAGGCAUCGCAGCCAGUCUUGAAACAAAGGCGAAAGAUUACCUCAAAAGAUAUCGUUACUCCUGAGGCCUGGCGUGUGAUGAUGUCCCUCAAGUCCGGUCUUUUGGCUGAAAGUACGUGGGCUCUGGACACUAUUAACAUUCUCCUGUACGAUGACAGCACUGUCGCCACCUUCAGUCUCUCCCAGCUGUCCGGAUUUCUCGAACUUUUAGUAGAGUACUUUAGAAAAUGCCUAAUUGACAUUUUCGGAAUUCUUACGGAAUAUGAGGUGGGAGACCCCGGCCAAAAAGCGCUUGACCACCACACAGGGCAGAGAGCUGACGGCCAGUCCUGGGCCGACGAGUCUGGGAGAGAGGAGGAGGGCGCCGAGGGUGUGGACGACGAGGAGGAAGAUGAGGAGGACGAGGAGGACGAGGAGGAAGACGACGAGAAGGCAGAGACCGAGGAGAAGAGCAGCCCGACUCUGGCCUCUCCCGACGCCCCUGCAGAUCCGAAGGAGAGGCCCAGGCAAGCUAGCAAGUUCGACAAGCUUCCGAUAAAGAUAGUCAAGAAGAACAACCUGUUCGUGGUCGACCGAUCUGACAAGCUGGGUCGUGUUCAGGAGUUCAACAGCGGGCUCCUGCACUGGCAGCUUGGUGGGGGGGACACCACCGAGCACAUCCAGACUCACUUUGAGAGCAAGAUGGAAAUUCCUCCUCGCAGGCGUCCGCUCCCGCCUCUGAGCUCCACAGGGAGGAAGAAAGAGCAGGAAGGAAAAGGCGAUUCUGACGAGCAGCAAGAGAAGAGUAUCAUCGCCACCAUCGAUGAUGUCCUGUCUGCUCGGCCGGGGGCGCUGCCCGAAGAUGCAAACCCCGGUACCCAGGCCGAGAGCGGGAAGUUCCCCUUUGGGAUACAUCAAGCCAAAAGUCACCGGAACAUCAAGCUGCUGGAGGACGAGCCCAGGAGCCGAGACGAGACUCCUCUCUGCACCAUCGCGCACUGGCAGGACUCCCUGGCCAAGCGCUGCAUCUGUGUGUCAAAUAUUGUCCGUAGCUUGUCUUUUGUGCCUGGCAAUGACGCCGAAAUGUCCAAACAUCCAGGCUUGGUGCUGAUCCUGGGGAAGCUGAUUCUCCUUCACCACGAGCAUCCAGAGAGGAAGCGAGCGCCGCAGACUUACGAGAAAGAAGAAGACGAGGACAAAGGGGUGGCCUGCAGCAAGGACGAGUGGUGGUGGGACUGCCUGGAAGUCUUAAGGGACAACACGUUGGUCACGUUGGCCAACAUUUCCGGGCAGCUAGACUUGUCUGCGUACACAGAGAGCAUCUGCCUGCCCAUUCUGGACGGCUUGCUGCACUGGAUGGUGUGCCCGUCAGCAGAGGCACAAGACCCCUUUCCAACCGUGGGACCCAACUCUGUCCUGUCGCCUCAGAGACUUGUGCUGGAGACCCUCUGCAAACUCAGUAUCCAGGACAACAAUGUGGACCUGAUCUUGGCCACGCCUCCAUUUAGUCGCCAGGAGAAAUUCUAUGCUACGUUAGUUAGGUACGUUGGGGAUCGCAAAAACCCAGUCUGUCGAGAAAUGUCCAUGGCGCUCUUAUCGAACCUUGCCCAAGGGGACGCACUGGCAGCAAGGGCGAUAGCUGUGCAGAAAGGAAGCAUCGGAAAUUUGAUAAGCUUCCUAGAGGACGGGGUCACCAUGGCCCAGUAUCAGCAGAGCCAGCAUAACCUCAUGCACAUGCAGCCGCCGCCUCUAGAACCGCCUAGCGUGGACAUGAUGUGCAGGGCGGCCAAGGCUCUGCUGGCCAUGGCCAGGGUGGACGAGAACCGCUCAGAAUUCCUUCUGCACGAGGGUCGAUUGCUGGAUAUCUCGAUAUCAGCCGUCCUGAACUCUCUGGUUGCGUCUGUCAUCUGUGAUGUACUGUUUCAGAUUGGGCAGUUAUGACAUCAGUGAGAAGGCAGCAUGUGUGAGUGAAGACUAGAGGCUCCCGUAUAACUGGCUGUUUUCUGUUCUUGUUUAUCCAGCGUAGGAAGAAGGAAAAGAAAAUCUUUGCUCCUCUGCCCCAUUCACUAUUUACCAAUUGGGAAUUAAAGAAAUAAUUAAUUCGAACAGUUAUGAAAUUAAUAUUUGCUGUCUGUGUGUAUAAGUACAUCCUUUUGGGGUUUUUCAUUUUGUUUUUUUUUUUUAACCAAAGUUGCUGUCUAGUGCAUUCAAAGGUCACUUGUUGUUUUUCACAGAUUUUCUUUUUUUAAUGUUCUUUUCCAUGUUGUAUUGCAUUUUUGGGAAGCAAAUUGACUUUAAUGAAAAAAAUUGUGGCAAAAGAUGCUAAGAUGGGAAAAUUUCACCACACUGAGACAAAAAGGUGAAAAAUGAUCAACUGCCUAGGCAUGUUACUCUUCAGAUAAUGGAAAAAAAAAAAAAACUGUAUCCCAUCGCCCAAAGCUCUGUGCAAUAGAAACUUCUAGAGAUGUAGGAAUAGGGGCUCAAGGAGGUGUGUCAGUCAGUAGUCAAACUAUGAAAUGAUACUGGUUUCUCCACAGGAAAAUGGUUCCAUUAGGCUAGGAGCAAAAACAAUGUGUUUUGAAGUUCAGAUUGAAAAUACAUACCUGACAACGAUCAACGGAAAUUGCUUCCUCACCACUACCGCCAUGCCUGCCGUCUGUCGUGGGGCCUGCCACAUGACAGUUCUUCACAAUUCCUUUCAUCGUUUUUUAAAUAUUUUUUUUUUACUGCCUGUGGGCUGUGAUGUAUAUAGAAGUUGUACAUUAAACAUACCCUCAUUUUUUUUCUUUUCUUUUUUCUUUUUUUUUUUUUUUAGUACAAAGUUUUUAGUUUCUUUUUCAUGAUGUGGUAACUACGAAGUGAUGGUAGAUUUAAAUAAUUUUUUAUUUUUAUUUUAUAUAUUUUUUCAUUAGGGCCAUAUCUCCAAAAAAAAGAAAAAAUACAAAAAACAAAAACAAACAAAAAAAACAAAAAACAAAAAAAGAGGGUAAUGUACAAGUUUCUGUAUGUAUAAAGUCAUGCUCUAUUUCGGGAGAGCAGCUGAUCACAAUUUGCUUCAUGAAUCAAGGUGUGGAAAUGGUUGCAUACGGAUUGAUUUAGAAAAUGGUUACCAGGACAGACAAAAAAAAAAAAAAAACACAACUAAAAGGAAGAAACACAACUUCAAAGAUUUUUCAGUGACGAGAAUCCACAUUUGUAUUUCAAGAUAAUGUAGUUUAAAAAAAAAAAGAAAAAAAC